AUGCCUUAUGUAAAUGUAUAUUGGAUUUUAUUCUCUGUAGCAAUCUAUGGAUCGUACGCACAAAAGGUCUCGUAUGAAGGAGCUCAAGUGUGGCAGACUGAUCUGAAGGGGACGGACGAUGUACUCUUCAUCAAGCGACUCGGCGACAACCAAGAUAUAUCAAUAUGGAGUUUAUCUCCGACGAAAGCGGACUUCCUGGUGGAAGCCGAGCACAAUGCGGAGGUGCGCCAUCAAUUGCUGGCUCGCAACUUGAACUAUACGGUACUCAUCAGAAAUGUACAGCGGCGCAUUGACACCGAACCAGCCGUGCCUUCGCUGUGGACGGAAACCUCGCUUAGAGACGGUCACCGUCUGAAUUGGAAGAAGUAUCCUACAUUAAAUAUAAUAGAGGAAUAUUACAAUUUCUUGGCCGAGGAUUAUUCAUCGAUAUGUAGAGUACAAUCCAUUGGGCGUACUGUCGAGAACCGAACAAUAAACAUGAUCAACAUUACAAAUGGUAAUCCCAGAAACAAAAUAAUUUUAAUAACAGGAGGACAACAUGCGCGCGAGUGGAUCUCUGUGACAUCAGCCCUGUACAUAUUGCACACUAUUGUCACUAAGUUCGAUACACAAAAAAAUUAUAUGAAAAAUAAAAAUUGGUUAAUAAUUCCUGUGGUAAACCCUGAUGGAUAUGCGUACACCCACGGAGUGGACAGGCUGUGGCGUAAGAAUCGACGCAGGUUUAUGAGCUGUGACGGCGUAGACGUUAACAGGAACUUUGAAACUGACUGGCGGAUUCCUGGUAUAACACAACACAGUGAGUGCAAAGCUACAUAUUCUGGACCAUUUCCAUUUUCUGAAGCAGAAUCAACAGCGUUACGAGAUUUAAUAUUAUCAUUGACACCGAAACCCGUUGCAUUAGUUGAUCUCCAUGCGUACGGGAAGCUGAUUCUGUUUCCCUGGAGUGCAAGGACGGCUGCCACACCAGACCUUGAUGUGCACAAAGCCGUCGCUACCAGAAUGAAAACUUCAAUAUAUAAAACCACCAAAGAAAACUACACAUUCGGUGCGACAUACCAUCUAGUGUACCCAGCUACAGGUACGUUUGUGGAUUGGGCAUACACUAAUGGAGUGACACACGCCUACGUCAUCGAGAGUAGAGACAAAGGAAAACUAGGGUUUUUCGUACCACCAAAAGAAAUAGAAGAUACUGGGAAGGAACUAUACGCUGCCGUCCGAUUUCUGUGCAAAUUUAUCAAUAUACCAAAUAGAUUAAGUCAAGAAAAUCUUGAAAACCAAACGUGGUUCUAA